UCACGCUGCUGCGUGGGGCUCUGCUCUGAAGUUCUAAAAUAAUAAUUAUAACUAAUACGCGAACCUGUGCUAACACGAAAAAUGUUUAAUCAGCACAAAUUACACUAAUCUCUCAUACAUACGUAAUGCUUACAAGUGGUAGUGUUCAUGUGCUGUAGUGUCCCAAAUAGCACUAUCAAAGCUGCAACGCAAUUUUAUUGCGAUGUCAACGAGUGCGAGCGAAAACGAAUGAUAAUUAAAGGGGCGAGCGAGUGUUAAAACAAGACAAAAAAAACACAGUAUAACAAUAACGACAGCAAACAUUUAACAGUUGCAGCCAAAUUGAAUUUCUAUUGAAUUCUUUGAGAAAAUAAACGACCAUUCGAAACAAUCAAAACUACGCUCAGCAGGCAGCCGCGUAAAUUAAGCACAGAUGAGAAAUGCGAAUAGUUCGAAUGGUAAAAAUCACAAGCAGCAGCCGCAGCAGCAGACGUAGCAAUAGCGAAAUACGUGUAAACCAAUAACAAAAACAAAAAAAGAAAACACAACAGUUCCCAACAACUGCACGUUGAGUUGAGUCGCGUCAAUUGUCGAGUGCGAGUAACAGAGGCAGAGACACAGCUGGCAGAAACCCGGAAAGCCGCAAAAAAACACAACACAGACUCUGACAUCAUGGCCAGGAAUCGUUGUACCCCAGUGCAGUUGGCAUUGCUUGGUCUCUGCCUGAUUUGCCACCAAACAAUGCUCGAGGGCCAUGUGCUCGUCUACAGACGCACCACAAGUCAGUUGAUUGAGGAGUUCAAUGAUUUGCCAUCCAGUUUUGGUCCAUCUAUAUCGGGCAACAGUCUGCGAGUGUUUGUGGUGCCACAGGAUACAAAUAAUCCGUAUGCUUGUACGCAUCUAAAACCGCCACCCCGUACUGGAUAUCCAACGGGUGCCAAAUUCGUGGCCAUUAUAUCACGCGGCGGAGAUUGUACAUUUGAGCAAAAGGUGCGUGUGGCACAAAAUGCUUCAUUUUUUGCUGUGAUCAUCUACAACAAUGAAGGCGACGAAUUGCAACAAAUGACGGCCAAUAAUAGCACCGGCAUACAUAUAUCCUCCGUUUUUGUGGGUCUAACCACGGGCAAGACACUGCUAUCGUUCUCUUCGCCCGAGGUGGUGCUAAUCAUCAACGAUGAACUGCCCUUCAAUAUCAACACACAGCUGAUAUUGCCAUUUUCCAUACUGAUUGGCCUCUGUUUUCUUACCAUGAUUAUCUAUAUGAUAUACAAGUGUAUAAGGGAGCAGCGGCGUCUGCGUCGUUAUCGUUUACCAAAGAGCAUGCUGAAGAAGCUGCCAGUGCUGCGCUACACGAAAAACAAUACGAACAUCAAGUAUGAGACCUGUGUCAUUUGUCUCGAUGACUUUGUCGAGGAUGACAAGCUGCGUGUGUUGCCCUGCUCGCAUCCUUAUCACACGCAUUGUAUUGAUCCCUGGUUAACUGAGAACCGUCGUGUGUGCCCCAUAUGCAAGCGGAAGGUUUUUACGAAGGGCGAAACUCGUGCGAGUCGGAAUCGACAGCCUUCUUUAGAUAGCGUCACCGAUACUGAUGAUGACACCACACCGCUGCUGCAACAGCAGCCACAAACAGCAACUGCAGCUGCUGCUGCCGCCGUCGCUGCUGGCGCCAGUGGGAGCAACAGCGCUAGCAUCAAUUCGACUGGCAUCACAAGACACGGCACAUUUCGUCACGGCGAUGUUGUGCGCAACAACUCAACAUCUGAGGCGGUCGAUUAUCACAGCUCAGAUGAUGAAAAUGCGCUGCUGGAAGCCACGACACAGGCUAAUACAUCGUCAGCAUCCCAACGACGUGUCAAUCCAUUCGAUCGGGCUCCGAAUUUGCCCGCUCAUCUGGCGGAUCACUUGAAUGAGCCAAGGGAGAGCCUAUGGACGCGUCUCAACUUCAGCUUCCUAUUCCGUCGUCAGCCCCUUGGCAUUAGUGUUGCAGCGCCGCCGUAUCUGGAAAACGUGGAGUCUGGCACCAGUGUUGUACGCGGCUUGGAGGAAACUGCCACAAGUGUUGCGAUGCCCACGCCCACGCCCACAUCAAACAACAUCCUCAAUCCGAAUUUAAGCGGCUCCUUCAAAGAUGAUGACGAUAUGCCACCGCAUCGUUCAAUUUACGAACCUAUCGCAAUCAAUACGCCAGCCACAGAGCAUGGCACAUCUGCGGGGGCAGAUGAAUCAGCGUUUCUACAAACGCCCACACAGGGCGGCAUUGGAGUAGCCGCGUUGCCGCAUGGCGCCGAUGAUCGCCAGUUUCUCAUAUGAAUUAGACGCAACUGAAGUAGGGCGAUAUAGUGAGUUUAGUUUACUAGGCAAUAUAGGUCGUCACACCAAUGCGACAAGACAGACAGACAGGAAUCCCUUUCUUAGGUGUAGUAAUCACGCAACUGAAUAGAAAUGUCCAAAAUGUCGCUUGGUUUGCGGCCGUGAGCUGUGGCUGCCAGCUGCUUUGUUUUAAACAAUUAACAAAUGUUUACCCUUAAUAUACAUAAUAUGUAAUUGUAAUUGUAUUUGUAUUUGUAAUCAUCAUCAUCGUGCAUCGUGGAUCAUGGAUGAUUAUGGUUUGCAUCGCAACACACAUUACAUUCAAGCAUACCCACAAAGAUACAUACAUACAUACCUACUACGUCUAUACAUAGAUACAUACAUACAUACAUGAAUAUGCGUAUACAAAUUGUGAUUUAUUUUAUAUACCUUAUACUAUUACUAACAUUAUAAUUGGCUUGCAUAAUUAAAGUCGAAACAACAUACAAAAUGUCAAAUGAAAAAUGAGAUACCAUUUAUCACUGUAUAAGAUUGAAAUUGUUUACCUGAUUCGGAUUAUUUAGAUUCGAUUUUUCUUUGUUUUACAUUUUAAAUCCACUCAAUACCAUUCAACACUCCGAAAAAAAAACAAAGUCGCUUGUAAAAAGAGAAUGUUCAUAAAAUUAAGGUAAUCAAAUCAAAUCAAAUGUGUAAUUGUUUUAUUUGAUGAAACACUAGUUUUUAAAUGCAUGUGAAAAUUGUUUUCGGACAUGAAAAAUAUUAUCUGAUUAUCCACUUAUUAUAUUUUGUAUGACGUUAAUCUGUAUAUUAUCCUCAAUUUAACUAAUUUUAAGUUCUCCAAAUUAAAUGACGUGAAUUUUCUUUGUUGUCCUGAGAGGCGCAGUUUAACAAUUGAACUCAACAAAACAACUAAAGUCCACAUUGUGGAAAGAUUUGAAAAAAAAAUAUAUAUUUAACAUAAUAAUUAUUAAUGUAAGCGCUAGUUUGUGAUUAAUUUCUCCAAAAAUAUAAAAAAGAAACAACUGCAACUGAUGAAAGCUCUUCAGAACAAUAAACGUAAACAAUGUAAAACGAAAUCAAUUAAACAUAAAGACAUAAUAA